CCAUGUCUGGCACGCAGGGGUCAUGGUGGAAACUCUGGCCAAACUGAGGUAGUAAAGAAGAAACUGUGAUUAAUAAAGAUCUCAACGGGAGGAUUCCUCGAACUCAUGACACAUUUUAAGUGUUUGCGGUGAAACGAGCGCUUUAGGGGGGUUUGGUGACAUGUGUGUGCAGCAUUGAGUGUAUAAAUCCCAGCCUCGUCCCCGGGCGGCUGAAUAGAGUAGAACAAUCCAGCAGCAGCAGCGGCGGCGGCGGCAGCGACAGGAUCGACCCGGACACAGCUCCACUGUUAGCAGACAACUAUCGCACCCCGGCGGCCUGACAGUCGCUUUAAAUGGACGGAGCCUCCUCAGCACUGGGGGAUGUGAGCGGCUGAGCGCAGCGGCUCGGUGAGGACUGUCACAAACACAUGACAGCCAACUUCAGCUGCGGGGAGAGGCGCGCCAUGGCAUCCCAGCCGAGUGUAUACAAUGAAGAAAGGCACCUUCUUCGUCUCCGAGCAUGGAAAUUGAGGAACCAGGAAGCCAGCCAAGCCAAAGAACUCAACCCUGAGAAAGUGCCUCUCUUUGCGGAACCAUACAAGACAAACAAAGGGGACGAGCUUUCCAAUCGGAUCCAGAGGAUGCUGGGCAGUUACGAGGAUGUGAACAAUCCAUGUCCCCUCACCACCGAGCCUUCAUCCAUUCCUAGUUAUGUAACCGUCUCGCAGUCAGAUCAGGGUCAGACAAACACAGAUAAAUCAACCAAAGGUCCAUUCCACAACCAGGUCCAUUACAUGCCACCCUUAAACCAGAAAUGCCCCUCUAGUAGCAGUUACUCCUCCCAGCCUAUGCCGAUGUCUGCAUUGUCUUCUCCACACGGACAUGGACAUUCAUCCACUGUCUUAAAGACUUCCUCAAACCACAGUCAUCCUGGAAACUCAGGGCAUCAACAGAAGAAGAGUGAAGUCUUCUCAGAUGUCAAGGUACACGUCAGCCUUCCCCAGGAAAUGUCUGCUCAGUCUCCUGAUGUAAAGCCGCAAGCGUUCCUACAUUCCAGUAACGACAACAGCACUGACACUAAGGAUACCUUCGAUAGACAUCAGCAUCAGGAGUUCUCAGACCCUCCAUCUGGGUCCACCAGCACCAUGGACUUUACCAUGCUGAACAUUAAGCUGUCCCCUAAAGAUACAGCUGUGACUCAAGCCACCAAAACAAACGCACUACCCCCUCAGACCUUCCCCCCACUCCUGUCGUCUAAGCAGCCCAGCGUAGUCAUGAACCCUAAGCCAACAGCCUAUGUGCGCCCCAUGGAUGGUCAAGACCAGGUGCUCAGUGAUUCGCCUGAGCUGAAAUCUUCGCCACAGCCAUAUGCACCAUUGUUAAUCAGCAAGUCCAAACCGGGAAAAAUAAAGAUACUGCCACAGUUCUUGGAGACGAGGACAAAUGAAGCUCAGUGUGUUGAGGACAUCUUGAGGGAAAUGACCCACUCAUGGCCUCCUCUUCUGACAGAUAUACCCACAACGAGCAUAGACAAACCCUCCGAAUCCCUGUUCUCAGCCAAGGAAGCAGUGCACGUCUCUUCAUGCCCGGGACAAAAAAGUUGUCUCUCUCCUCCUCCUCCUACUCCUCCUCCUCCUCCUCCUCCUACAGAUCCACUGCAGCUCAACCAGCAGAGCGCCUUAUCCCUCAAAGCUGCUGCACAUUCCAGCGGGGUAGAGUCAGCCAGCUCUAGCGACUCAGAGAGCACCUCAAGAUCAGAGUCGGACAGUGAAAGCACCACAGGAGAGCCCCCAGUGAGCAGCAUAGUUAAAACUGAGCCUGAUGCUCCAGCGGUGAGCCUUGGUGACUGGCAGUUGGGGAACUGGAUCAGGACCAACCAACAGAACUCGAGCACUGACUGUCAAGGUGGUACGCAUGUCUCUGAGAGCCCCUCUCACAAACGACUGUUGCCCACUCAAAGCUCCAAGCACUCCAGCGUAGAAGUGGUCGACCCCACCAGGGAUUCUAAGCCUCAGCUUCCUACUCACCAAAAUGAGCUUGGGGACAACCAUGCAAAACUCCAGCAGUGCAGAGAAAGCCACCAGGACAACCAUCACCAGCAGAGUAGCAAAAAAUACCCUUCUGCUGAUUCCUUGAGACCGUCAUGCAAGACGUACUCCUUGAAGCCAGCAAAGGAGGGCCGCCAGGAUCCCAUUGAAGCAGCCGUCAGGGUUAAGUGUGAGGACGUCGUAGCCACAGGAGGCAAAGACCUGGGUUUCACAGACAGGCCCAAGGUAAAGACGAAAACAAGACACUGCAAGAAAAUCAAGGAUGGUGACUCUAAACAUGACAGCAAAAGGACUUCUAAACACAUGUCCCUUGACAAGCGGAAGGUUGGAUCCGAGCCUGAAGUCAAGGUGGUUCUGAAAAGUCAUUGUCAAUCUUGUGGGGUGAAAUAUCCCAACCCUUGCUCCUGCCCCACACAGACUCUUGCUCAGCCUGAAGAGCCGUCUCCCGACCAACCAGUGAAAAUCCCCUGUAGCAAACCCAAGGCAGAGACUAUCUGCCAGAAGGGAAACAAGAGACCUAAAAAAACAUCCCAAAAGCACUCAGAGAAGAGAGCGCAAACAGCCAAUGGUUCUCAGGACCUCCACAGGCCUCCCAUAUCCCUGCUGGUGAGGAUUGAUCUAAGUCUGCUCUCAAGGGUCCCCCAGACAUCCGGCAACAAGCAGAAGAUACCCAGCAACGCCAAGAGACCAGCGCUGGUUGUCGAGCCGGAUGGAUGGGGCGGUGAUGUCUCUAUAACACACAAACCCAGCAAAAGCAGCAAAAAAAGCACAAUUCCAAAUGUUGAGGGAGACAAUAAAAAUCUACCCAGGAAGAAAAGGCGGCUGGAAAACAAGAAUACCUCUUCAGCUUAUCCUUCUAUCAAAAUGGAAAGUUCCAGCAAUCCAGCGGAGGAUCAGGAGACAAAGAAGGCCAAGAAGAAGCCUGUGUUGACAACACUCAAAGACUCAGCUAAAGACUCAAAGAUACACAAACGCUGCUCUGCGGAGACUCUGGAGUCCAGUAAGGAGGCUGCAAAGAGCAAGGACUCCGGCAAGCACAAGAAGAGGAGUGAAAAACACACCGAGCGCCUCCACUCUGAAAAGCUAAAGCCUCCAAAGUUCUGCCCCACGGUCCCAUCGUCUUCACAGUCCAACAAGGCAGUUUUGAUCAAUAGGCCCUUGCUCAGGUUUGAGGACAGGCCGUAUCCAGUGAAGCAAUCCAUAAAGGAGGCAAAACGGCUGAAGCACAAAGCAGAUGCAGAGUCAGAUAAGCUCAGUAAAGCUUUCAACUACCUGGAUGCUGUCAUGUUCUUUGUUGAGAGCGGCAUUGCUAUGGAAAAAGAUCCACAGAUUUCAAUGUCUUCCUACACCAUGUUUGAAGAGACAGUCGACCUCCUCAAGUUUAUCCUGAAACUUAAAAACACAGUGGACCCCUCUGCUCCGCCCUCAGAAAAGGACUUUUUAGUUUUAUGUUUGAGGUGCCAGUCUCUCCUGCAGAUGGCCAUGUUUCGCCACAAAUACAAAACUGCACUCAAGUAUUCAAAGACACUGACUGAUCACUUCACUAAUUCUGCUCAGGCACCACAUGAUCCCUCUGUCUUCACAGGAAGUGCUGCAGACACCCCGUCCCCGAUGCCUGACAUCCCGUCUCCUGCCAGCACAUCCACAAGCUCAGGUCCCGGAUCCAACCACAGUGGCAGCGGGUCGAUAGCGGGCCCCCUCAGUGGCAUGGUGGCGGUUCCCCAGGCUAUAGAACAAAUAGCAUUCACCUACGUCAAAAUCACCUCGUUAUUCGUAAGCGCUCAUGACCUCUGGGAGCAGGCGGAGCUGAUGGCAAAUAAAGGCAGCGGUUUGCUGACGUCGCUGGACACGGUUAUGGGCCCACUGAGUCAAACCUCAACUCUGAACACUAUGGUCCGAUAUACACGACAGGGAGUCUACUGGCUGAGGCUGGACAGCCAAAAGGUAAAGUGACCAACAUACUGCUCCCCCUGCUGGACACCUACAAACCCCCCCACCGCCUCCACUUCACUUCAGUGUCCUUCACCGUGAUCCCCACCUGAACUGUCCCUCAGGCGUCUUGUUCCUUUCCUUCACAAGGACGUCUCUUUACAAACACAUGGAUGUCAUCUCAUGUUUGUUUUUAAGGCUGGUUUUGGAAAAAAAAUCCCAGCAAGGAAUACACAACACUAACCAUUGCACUCGCAGUUUAUUCUUUUCUCUUAUGUUCACUUUUGGAGUCUCUUUAUUUCUCUCUGAUUUCAUGUCGCGGAAGGUUUAACUUUCCUCCUUGUUCCUCUGUCAGCUGAUGUCAUAGAAAUGUCAGAUUAACUCAAAGUGCCAUUUGGUGGUGUUGGAAGCACUGUAACUGUCAUCACAUUCGACAACCUGUAUAAUACGAAAAACUAUAAGCACUUCACUUCAUUUUUGGAUUCAUCACUUCCCAACAAAUUUUGUUUUAUUUCUCUUAAAAGGAGAUUUAAGUUUCCCUGUUUCAGUCUGAAAGAUUGUUUGAUUAUGGUCACAGGGAGUCUGUAUUUUUUAUAGUCAACAUUUCUUUCUCCCACAAAUCUGGAUCCUUUUGUAUGAGACAAACCCAGUUUGCUUGUCACUUUUCAUUAAGUCAAAUAUUACUGACAAAAAGUUCAUGAAGUUGGUUGCAAAAGCACCAAAGUGUAACUUUAAGUCGGCAUUAAGUUUAUUCAUUUCAGCUCGUUCCUUGUUUGCUUCACAUUGUCAAUAUUUUCAAUGCCGUCACAUUUCUUGUGCAAUAAGAAUAAGUGCAUUAAUAACAAAAAAACUAAAAAAAAGUGCCAUACUGGUGAUGAGACAUAAGAUGAAAUACAUUCACUGCAUGUAGGUUUGAUUAUGUGGAGAGUAAUGAGACAAAAAUCAAUCUGGACACAGUAAAAUCAAACAGAGCAGAGAAGCUUCUUUUUAAUUUAGGUAAUUUAAGUAAGCAUUGUUGUUUAAGGUCUGACCUCUUUGCUCCUGAAUGAAAUGUGUCUCAUUUGCGUGUCGGAGCGACUGAUGGUAGGAAACCUCUGAGACGUGAGAGAACGGUGACCCGUGUUGCAGAUGCUGUUUCUGGCUGUAGCACUGUCGGUGGUAAUGACUGAGGGUGACUUAUUUGUCCAUCCAAAGUUGAAUUUAUUUUAUUCUCAUCAUCCCGUUACAGAAUUUGCACUUUUGCCCUUUUUUCAGUCAACAUCUUAAAUGACAGGUUCAUUUUUCUGUGUUUUGUCCUAAAAACGAUUUUCACAUCUUUCCUCUUGUCCACACUGUCUGUGAACAGAUCCAUUCUAAAGGGGAAGAUAAACUUCAAAGUUAAUCCUAAACUAUUAGUAGGCUUGAGCAGCCUGAGUCCAACAAACCUAGGAGGGCAUUUUGUAAAGUUAGACCUGAUAGACCAGAAAUAAUGAUGAAGUGUCCACUUUCUCCUAUUUAAAGGAAUGAGAGGCUUCGCAUUGGAGUUCAACUUUGGUGAACUUUGACCUACGAUGUACACUUUGCAUUCACGAAUGUGUGAGUGUCAUAGAAAGAAUUCUUUAUUCAGUCAGUAUGAACAGAGGGAACCAGUAUCUCACUUCAGUUUACACAUGGGCCUGUUGGUAUUGUUUAAAUAUAGAAUUUAAAAACAUUGAACUUGGCCUUUUAAGCACAGAUGUGUCUUACAGCAACUCAACUUUCCAGAACCCCCAAAAAACGGAAUCCUAUGACAUCCCUGACUUUCCGUACACACAGUUGUGGAUUUAAUGGUUUUAAUUGGCUGCGUUUAUCAUGGACGACCACAAUCAUUUAACUGAAAAGAAACUACAUUUGUGUUCCCUUGUUUGUUUUUGCACUAGUAGGCUGCAGCCCUACAUGUUUCCUACACUAAAGUUGAGAAGAAUAAAUGGCCAACUGUAGCUUAUUUAAAAAAUAAAAAUAAAAAAAAAUAAACACUUUUGUGAGUAUUUCUAUUUAAUUUAAUUUGUACAGAAAAACACCACGUUCCCCGAGACCGGCAGGACUGUGUUAGUCUUCACUCUCUUUUUGUUGUAUCUUGAUUCUAAGCAAUAAAGUAUGAGUUUCUUUAUCUCAAUGUUUGAAUCAGUGGAUAUCAUGCUCUAGUUAUCGUUGGGUCUUAUUGAUUCACUGGGGGGUAAAUACAAUCAGUAUAAAAUCAAUCAUUCGAGAAAGGAAACAUUGGUUUAGCUAAACACAUACAAAUAUUGAAUUUCUCUUGAAAUUAGCCUCGUAAGGUUAGGAGAUUUAGUUGCCUGACUCAGUUCAUGUGUGUCCAUGUAAUUAUUGGCUAAAAAGGGCUGAGCAAGGACCACAAAGUGUUCCUGGAUUUAUGUUUCUCCUAUUCACGAUUGUUUUUACCAUAUGCCACGGAAGGAGGGAUUAUGUUUACAUACAUAUGAUUACAUAUUGUAUUGAUCUUUACACUGCACAAGAAGUGAAAAAGCAAAACCUGGCAUUCGACAUUCAUGACUAGUGCAAUCUGUUUUUUUUGUUGUUUUUUUAAUGUUCCUGGGUCUUGUCUUUCCAACCUGUGGCUUUGUUUUCAUCACCGGGUGUCGGUGCUUCAGAAAAACAAGGUUACACUUCUUGUCCGAAUAAUCGUUUACUGGAAAAAUGAUCACAAACCCUAACCCUUUUUGAAGGUUGCUUAUUUUUCCUUUUUGUGAAAUAUGUAAAGAAUUUGUGUUGCAGUGUACACAGAUGAAUUAAACACUGGAAAUGAA